GAUGGCGGCUGAACGGGAAGUGGCGCUGCUAAUGAUAAAAGCUAUCGAGGCGGCUCUGAAUCCGUUAACUACACAACAGGAAAGAAAAGAGGCUUAUGAGUUUAUUGAGCAGUUCAAGGCCAGCUCACCACUGUGUGUUUCUGUUGGCAAGCUAUUGUUUGAUCGUCAAAAUUCUGCUAUGGUGCGACAUACUGGUCUUCAACUUUUGGAACACGCAGUCAAAUUCAAUUGGAAUUCAAUGAGUGAAGAUGAACAAGCAAGAUUGAAAGGGAUCUCACUUCACUUGCUUGCACAGGGAAGUGGCUCCCUGCCAGAUGAACCAUUCCACAUCAAGGAAGCAUUAGCAAGGCUGGUGGUGGAGAUAACCAAAAGGGAGUGGCCACAGAAAUGGGGAUCACUGCUUCCAGACCUCAAUGACAUCUGUACAAUGGGGAAUGUGCAAACAGAAAUGGUGCUGAUGGUUCUUCUGCGACUUGCGGAAGAUGUAAUGUCAAUGGAUAGCAAUCUGCAUGCCAAUAGAAAGAAGCAGAUUACACAAGAAUUACACUCUCACAUGGAUGGCUUGUUCACUUUCUUCAUUGACACACUGCAGCAAAAUACUGCAAGGUUUAGGAGUCUAAAGAGCCAGGUUGAAAGUGGGGACACCAGCUGCAAGGCUCAGGCGGCAGUGCACCAGAGACUUGCUGAGCAGACCCUCCUGACAUUAGCUGGAUUUGUAGACUGGGUGAAGUUCGGAACAUUGUACAUAAAGAAUUGUAUCAUACUACAGAUGUUGUGUUUACUACUGGAGGAAGACUCACUGAAAAUACCAAGUUGUGAAUGUCUUUUGAUUAUUGUCAGUAGAAAGGGUAAAAACGAACAAAGGAUUCCAAUGCUGAAGUUGUUUAGUGAGGAUGCCAUGAGUGUCAUGUUGUCUGCUGCUCAAAAAUCAGUUACCGCAGAAUUUGAUGAGAGACAGUAUCUCUUUCUUAAGAGGCUCUGCCAGGUUCUUGUGACACUUGGAGAGGUGCAGCUCUUCCACUUGUGGAAUAGUGACAAGCCCAAGGAGAAACCUCCAAACUUCAGGCAGUAUUUGGAAGCGAUGAUUGCAUUUUCAAAACAUGAAAGCCUAACCUUGCCGCACUUAGCAAAUGGCCUCUGGCUCACACUAUUAAGAAGUCCUGUGAUUUCUAUGGACACAACAUUCCAAGCAGUUUUCCCAUCACUAUUGGAUAUUGCCAAAGCUAAGCUUUUUAAGGUUGGUCACCCUGAAGAGGAAGACUCACCAGGCAGUGUUUUUAACAGAGAAGAUUUCAACAGUGAGAGAGAAUUUACGUCUGUUAAUGGCCAGGUGAGGGGAGAGGUCAUGGACAUCAUACGUCACUUAACAAUGCUGCACCCUGUGGCUACUUUCCUUUACGGAGCUGACUGGUUAUUACAGAGGGUGACACAAACCCCAGCACCUGAUGUCAAAAUCAGUGCACAAGAAACAGAGAAGAUGAUACAAGAAUGGGAUGGACUUACUCGUUACUUGGAUGCAGUGAUGUCAAGAUUCUUUAAAGUAGACAAUUAUGAGGAGAUCAUUCACAGCCAGGUGACGUUCCGUGGGACGUCUGUGACAUUUGUUGAAUUGGUCAGAGAAUGCAUCCAGACUACUUUGAAUGUUGACUCAAAGGUUCCUGACAUUUUGUCAAGUGUGACAGAUGCUAUUCAAGCUCUUUAUCCAUUCCUGAAAUACAGCAAAGACUUGUUGAUGGAAGUGCUUAAAAAGAUGUUUCAAGUUGUACUGUUCAACACAACAGGUGAACCCAAGGGUCCUUGGAGUCCUGAUGUUCUUCAUGCUCGCCGUCACGCUUGUGGCGCAAUAAUAAAGAUUUGUAAAGAAUUCGGGGAGCUGCUGGUGCCAGUAUUUGAUGCCCUUAAAGAGCAUAUACAGUCGUUGUUUGUUGGUGAGCUAGUUCCCGUGAAAGACAGAUGCACUUUAACAGAAGCAUUGGUUAUUGCCAGCAAUAAGCUAAGCAAAGAAAAGCAAAAUGAAUUCCUCGUUCAGCUGUUAACUCCCGUCAGAGAAAUGUGGCUGGGUGAAAAAAUACAAGGGGCCAUCUCAUCUCCGGAGAAUUUUGUUUCAUUUAUUGGAAUGGACCAAGAUCCAUCAGGCUAUUUUCAAAACGAUGAGCUAAGGGGAAGAAGAUUUCAGAUAAUGUAUGCUGUGACCACCAUUAUGGCAGUUGUGCGAAGCUGUGCUAUGCUCAAUACCAAGACGGCGGCGGCCGGUGAGGGGCUGUCCAUUGGGUCGAUGCCUAAUGGAACUCCUUAUGUGCACAAUCCAUGUGCAUCUCAUGUCAUACCGUUACUCGGCAAUAUAAUCCUGCUAGCAAAUUGUGUAAACAGAAUACAUAAUCCAUCAGUCAAAGCCGCCAUUUUUCCUGAGUAUCUAGCAUCUCUUGGCAUGCACGACCUCGAUACAAGCGCCAUAUAUGUUCUCCCACAGGGACAGGAAAACAAAGACAAAGGCGGUGCACCCUUCGUUCCAACCCCUAUUUCAGUCACAAAGGGCUUCUUAUAUCAUUUAGCUGAUUCAUGUUACCAUACUCUCGGGUUUUCUGCGGUCUGUCUUGGCCAUGAUUUCUAUAGUAUUUCCGGACUAGCGCAACUCCUGGUUGAUAAUCUCGUAAAGUCUCUGCAGCAUGUUCCGAAUUACAGACUGAGAUUUGUUGUGCGUAAUUUUUUCAAGUUGUUUAUCUUGCAUUGCCCUCAGUGUGACUAUCAGAAUGUACUUGUCCCAGUGCUGUCUCCUUUUUUCGGUCAUAUGCUUCAGCACCUUGAAGAACAGUGGCAAAUGGUCCGACAACAUCAAGCUGAGAGCACGGAAGCUGCAGAUGAGGAAGUCAACUUGGAAUCAAAAGAGAUUAUAGAAGAUCAGCUGGUGUCGAUCAUUAGCAAGGACUACUUGGAUGUCUUCACUCUGGCGUGUAUAGUAAACAGAGAAAGCGAUGACUCGUCAAGAAUGGAGGUCACAGAAGAAGAAGAAAUGAAAGGUAUAGAUCCAUACAAUGUCAGGAUGGGAUCGCUGGGAUUCAUUCUUCUCAGGACAGAGAGUGUCAACAUGCAGAUGCUGAUCACAGUUUUUGCCUGUUUGACCUGGCCGGACUCUGCUGUCUGCCACAAGGCUACACGACUUGCAACGACUUUCCUCAAGGAGGUUAUGAUGCUAAGCAGUCAGGCGGGUUCACGGAUUGCUGAUUCUGUAGUCGAACAGCUGUUCUCUCAGGUCUUAAAGGGUCUUCAUGUGCAUGGCCAUGGAUCUACAGAAACAUAUCUGACUUACGUUGGACAGAAUAUGUAUGAACUUCUGAGACCUCAGUACUCCUCACUUCAACAGCUUCUCCUUCAAACGAACUGUUCGUUGGAGGAUUUACAUGCUUUUGAAGCUUCUUGUUUGGAAGGAAGAGAAGUUCCCGAGAAGAGAAAGAAAGAGCAGUUUAAAAAAAUUGUGUCUGGGAUUGUUGGGAAACACAUUGGCGAACUGUUCAAAAACGAAAUCAGGAUUAAAGAUCUUCCACCGAUCAAAAUAAAACCCAAGCCAGAACCUAAAGGAUACGAGGAUCCCACAGGACUCGCAGAUCUGUUUGAUCCUUCCAAGACUUCGGAAUCACAUUAGCAGAUGUUCACUCGAACUUACAAACCCUCGCCAAAGAAGGAAGGAAACAAAGUAAAAGGCUAGAAAACAUAAUAAAUCGAUUGGCGUAUUUAACGCCGAUUUUCAUACGACAA